CCCGCCUCUCUUUACCCAACCAAUGAAACCGCUCAAAACGCGGGGCGUGCCCUGUCAAUCACCACAAAACCCCGCCCCAUCCUCUCCUCAGCCAAUCACGCCUCUCCUUCCCCCUCCGCUUCCGCCGCCAUGGCCGCCGCGCCGCGCUGAGCCCCGGCCCCGCCGCUCAGCCCCGGCCAUGGCGGCUCCGCUCUCGUAGCCGCCAGCGCCAUGCCGAGCGGAGCCGCCGAGGCCAACGAGGCCGCCGAGCCGGCGCUGCUGCUCCUCCAGCAGCGCCUGCAAGGACUCGGCCUCCCGCAGCCCGGCGCGGAGGAGGAGGAGGAGGAGGAUGAUGGCGGCGAGGCGGAGCUGAGGGAGGAUGAGGACGAGGAAGCCGCGCUGUUGUUGCCGGCGCUGCUACCGCGCGGCCUCGAUGUUGCGGGCGGCCGGGGGAUGAUGGCGGCGAUGCUGCCGCGCACCUACGGCGAUGUCGGGGCUGCGGGAGGCGAGCAGGCGGCGCUGCCCCGAAGGAAAAGCGUCAACACCACCGAGUGCGUGGCCGUGCCCAGCUCCGAGCAUGUGGCCGAGAUCGUGGGGCGCCAGGGCUGCAAGAUCAAGGCGCUGCGGGCCAAGACCAACACGUACAUCAAGACGCCGGUGCGCGGCGAGGAGCCGGUGUUCGUGGUGACGGGGCGCAAGGAGGACGUGGCCACGGCCAAGCGGGAGAUCCUGUCGGCGGCCGAGCACUUCUCGCUGAUCCGGGCGUCGCGCGGCAGGGGCGCGGGGCCGUGCGGCGCGCCCGCGCUGCCGGGGCAGACCACGGUGCAGGUGCGGGUGCCGUACCGCGUGGUGGGGCUGGUGGUGGGCCCCAAGGGCGCCACCAUCAAGCGCAUCCAGCAGCAGACGCACACGUACAUCGUGACGCCCAGCCGCGACAAGGAGCCCGUGUUCGAGGUGACGGGCAUGCCCGAGAACGUGGACCGCGCGCGCGAGGAGAUCGAGGCGCACAUCGCCCUGCGCACCGGCGCCUUCCCGCAGCUCGGCCGCCACAGCGACUUCCGCGCCAACGGCACCGACGUGGGCCUCGAGGGCGCCUGGCCGGGCACCCGCGCCCGCUCCAGGAUGGUCUCCAGCUACCGCCACGACAGCUCCAGCUCCCUGGGCAGCGGCUCCACCGACUCCUACUUUGGCGGCAGCCGGCUGGCCGACUUCAGCCCCACCAGCCCCUUCGGCGCCGGCGGCUUCUGGAUCGGGGAGGCGCUGCCGGCCGUGGGCGCGGAGGAGCCGGCGCUGGACUCGCCCGCCUACGAGCCCCUGCCCGCGCCCUCCCCGACCAUAUGGGCGCCCUAUGAGCCCGCGGCCGGGCUGGCUGGCACCAGGGCGCCGUGCCGCGGCAGCCGGCCCCCCACGCCCCGCCUGUCGCCCACCUUCCCCGAGAGCCUGGAGCUCCCGCCGGCCGGGCGCGCCCGCAGCGAGGCACCGAGCUGCGGCCCCCCGCCCGGGCUGCCCGUCUGCAUCCCCGCCUUCUCCAACGGUACCAACAGCUACUCCUCGUCCAACGGCGGCUCCGCCUCCAGCUCGCCCCCCGAGUGCCGGCGCAGGCACGACUGCGUCCUCUGCUUCGAGAGCGAGGCCGCGGCCGCCCUCAUGCCCUGCGGCCACAGCCUCUUCUGCCCGCAGUGCGCCGGCCGGAUCUGCGCCCGCGACGCGCCCGCCUGCCCCGUGUGCCAGGCCGCCGUCACCCAGGCCAUCCACAUCCACUCCUGAGCCGCGCCGCGGGCCCGGGAGCGGCCGCGCUGCCGGCUGACCCACGCCGGGCGGGCUCUGGCUCCGUGCGGGCAGCGGGGUUCAGCACAGGGCGACUGGGGAUGCGAUGCCACGUGCGGCGGGGUCUCGUCCAUCACACACAGCUGGAAACACAAACGCUGUGGGCGCUGCCAGGGCCUCUGUCGUGGCCAGGCCUCUGCUGGCAGCUGAGCCUCGCUGCCCCACAGGGGUCACCUGCCCUCGGCUACCCGCACUUCCAAUGCUGCCUUCUCUACACUGCCAGUGCUCAAAGCAGGUUUGGGAAACUCCUUCUCUUCCGCGCUCUGCGUCCACUCACGCCUCAUCCUCCAGCACAGCAAACAACUGCUCCGUGGGAGCCGCCGGCAGGGCCGGGCCACGGGCAGGGCCAGGAACAGCCCCAGGCAGCCCAGCCAGGGCCCUCGGGGUGUGUGAUUCCCACGGGAAGCGUGUCCCAGGAGCCUGCCCCAGGAGCCUGCCCCAGGAGCGCGCCCGAGGUCCAUGAUCCCGCGGUGAGGGCGCUGACAUUCCGUUUGUCCGAUCAAGCUGUUCCGAAAUCACCUCCUGGCGAGUCUGCAGAUCAGAAUGUGACGCAUCGUUAUGUCCAGUCUUCGUCUUGCACAUACCAUAGAUUUAUGUUUUAUUUUUGGUAAGGAUAAGGAAAGUCGGGGAGUUGCGUGCGUGCCCUGGUGGUGUUAUUAAUUUCUCCGUGACAGUGGCCCUGCAGUCGGUUUGCUUCAUUUCAAAAAUGUCUUUCCAAUCACUGGUUUAAAGGAGAAAAAGGAAAAGAGUCUCUUGAAUUCCUGCAUUUCAACCUGUGGAUGUUUCCAGCUCCUCCAUCCUCAGUAUGUUCCCAAAUCUGUGCUGGCGUAUGUUGAAGCAACAAAAACAGGCAACCAGAACAACAUGAAAAACCAAAAGAAAAAAAGGAAGAAAGGAAGAAAGAAAGGAAAAAAGAAUAUAUGCCAAGUGGAGUUCUGGUGGAUUUUUUUCUAUUUUUGUUUUGGAAGCAUUAUUUUCCCAAGAUAAAAGUUUUUUUCUCAGUAUAACAGAAAAAAAAAAAGAAAAAAGAUGAAGUGAAAUUACACCUAUGUUGAACUAGUAAAUACGCAGAAAACUUUA